AAGCAAUGUGACUUUUUUGACAUUUAUGUAUUAUAAUUUAGCAUAAUGGCACAUAUAAGUGCAUAUUUUGCUUCCCGAGAUUAUACAAAACCUGCGAUUGAUCGUCGCAUUGCUGAAUUAUUAAAAAGAAGAAUUGAAUUAGAAGCUUUGCCUACAGAAACAUUAAAAGAACGUCUUGAAAAAUUUAAAGAACAACGAAGUGUAAGACAAGGGUCAUUGAAAGUAACACAUAGACAGGUCUUAGAAGUUGUAGCUUUUAUUUUAAACUUAGAUCCUGAUCUUUUGGAAGAAGGAAUUGUCGAUAAAGAUGAAUAUGUUAAUGUCUUUGAUAGUUUCUUUGAUAAAAAUGGGAAACGAGCAAUUCUUAUUCAUUUUCAACCUAUGGGACCACCACCAUUUGAGUCAGGACGAUGGAAACCAGAUUAUGAGCAUGAGAAUCAGAUGAUACGCUGCUGUGUUACUGAUGGUUCUACUGAAAAGCUCUCUGGCAAAUGUGUUAUAGUUUACAGAAUAAAAUCAGACAUUGCUUUUGAAUCUAAACAUCUUUUUGAAGAAACAUAUUAUGCAUAUACAGAAGCUGAUCCCAUAUCUGAAAGUGCUCUUGCAGCGGUAUCAGAGUUAAUUGUAAGAUUAAAUUUGUCUGCAAUAACAGCUAAUACAGUAUGGGGUGAAUUGUCAAAAACUGAAGCAGGAGAAAAAGUGAUAAAUAAUUUUGUUUUGACUAAACUUGAUUUAGAUAGUACAAUAAAAUUUGAUACUGACUGGGAGCUGUAUGAUAAGUAUUUAGCACAGUCUGAAACUGCAAAGAGUAUUAAAGAUCCUGAAAUCAUUCGUGCUAUAGAAAAUAAUGUUAAAAUAUGGAUGAAAAGUAUGGAGCGGGUAAAGUUUUAA